CUCGCACCUACUGUCCAUCUCAAAGAGACACUUUUAUGACCUUGGUAAACAAGGUCAUCCCUAGCCAGGACAGUUAUUAUAUCACAAACAGGGCCCGCUACCAAAAAGCAGAGAAUGGAUAUCAAGACCAUAGGUACUCAUAAUGGCACCUUCCAUUGCGAUGAAGCACUGGCAGUCUUUCUUUUGCGUCAGACGGACGCCUACAAAGAUGCAAGUCUAAAACGUACAAGGGACCCAGCUGUCCUCGAUGGUUGCGACAUAGUAGUUGAUGUGGGAGCUAUAUACGAUGAAAGCAAACGCCGAUUCGAUCACCAUCAACGUGGUUUUACGGAGGUGUUCGGUCAUGGCUUUGGCACUAAACUGUCAUCUGCAGGUCUCAUCUACAAGCAUUUUGGAAAGGAAGUCGUUGCCAGUGCGGCAGGGCUGGAACCGAGCGACAAGAAAGUUGACACACUAUGGUUAAAAAUGUACAAGGAGUUUAUUGAGGCUCUGGAUGCAAUUGACAAUGGGAUUUCGCAAUACUCUUCCCAAGAACAACCGAAAUACCGCAACCGCACCGAUCUAUCGAGUAGAGUUGGAUGGCUUAAUCCUUGUUGGAAUGAGUCUACAGAGUCUGAGAAAGUGGAUGCCCUGUUCUUGAAAGCUUCGCAGCUGGCUGGGGGUGAGUUCCUCGGCAGGCUUGACUACUAUGCCAAUGCGUGGUUGCCUGCACGAAAUUUGGUAUUGGCUGGGCUCUCAUCGCGCCAGAAUAUCGAUGCCAGCGGAAAGAUCAUAUUAUUUGAGCAAUUUGCUCCAUGGAAGGAGCAUUUGUUUGAACUUGAGGCUGAACAGGGUGUCUCCGAAGAUGAACUUCCAUUUUAUGUGAUAUACCCUGACGAGACUGGGGGAAACUGGCGUAUUCAGGCGGUCCCUGUCUCUCCUGAGAGCUUUGACAGUCGAAAGGCGCUUCCGGAGAAGUGGAGAGGCGUGCGUGAUGAUGAGCUGUCAAAAGUAAGCGGUGUCGACGGAUGCAUAUUCGUGCACGCAUCAGGGUUUAUUGGAGGGAACAAGACGAAAGAAGGCGCUUUGAACCUAGCAAAAUUGGCACUUAAGAUGUAAUCGAUCUCGCUUUCAAGGAAUCUCCACGAUCUCGGUAGUCCAUUUUUAUAUGUCCCGCGAGUUUAAAUUGCCGUUAUACAAGGUAGCUGAUAUGUAGACCAGAUGAAAUGUUCUUUGGUGAAAAGAGCGGAGACCAUUUAGUGUUCGAAACAGCGUCCGAUCUACGUAAUUAGAGUUGCCGUCGGCGUGUCGGUGAGAUUUCUUUCCGUGUUACAAUUAACUUGCUGCAGACA